AUGGCGGCGACCACGUCACCGAUCCGCGUCCUCUCUCGCGCGGAUCGCCAUCUUGACCGUCCAAUCCCCGUCGGAUCCAACGGCAGGCCGCACACUCCUCUGAGUCCUCCCUUGUUAAAUCCCCGUUCCAUUCAUGCCCACUCUCACCACAACCAGCCGCCGCCACCACAGCUCCUCCAUUUGCAUCUCAGUCAGCUCCAAGGAAGGAAGCGGUCAGCCAUAUCCGGCCGCGGCAAGGGCGGGAAGGGGCUGGGCAAGGGCGGCGCCAAGCGCCACCGGAAGGUGCUGCGCGACAACAUCCAGGGCAUCACCAAGCCGGCCAUCCGUCGUCUUGCCCGCAGGGGCGGCGUGAAGCGCAUCUCGGGGCUCAUCUACGAGGAGACCCGUGGCGUGCUCAAGAUCUUCCUCGAGAACGUCAUCCGCGACGUCGUCACCUACACAGAGCACGCCCGCCGCAAGACCGUCACCGCCAUGGACGUCGUCUACGCGCUCAAGCGCCAGGGACGCACCCUCUACGGAUUCGGCGGCUGAACUGCGCUCGGCUGCUCUAUCGAGUCGACUCUGCUGGAUGCUGCUGUUCCUCUGCUAUGGUUUCGUUUCUGGGUGCGUGCGUUGUUGUUCCGUCGGUCUGUGUAGUUAGGGGAAGGCGAUGAAUCUGAAUGCAAUGAAAAUGGUUGGUUCUUGUGGUA